AUGAAGGAUUUAUAUUCCCUUUAUGAAGAUAUAAGUGAAAAUGAUAAAAUUAUUAUUUCAGAAAAAUUAAAAAAUCUACUGAACUAUCUUCAAGACAAAAAUAAAUCUUAUGUUUCCGAAUUUGUGGUUGUAAGUAGAACAAGAUUUUUUAAAUCUAUCAGCAACUAUGGAGAAUUUCUACUGUUGCAAUCUUCUUCGCGUGUAAUAAAUAGUUAUGAACAUAUCUUAAGGUUAUUACACCAAGCAAAGGUGUAUUUAGAAUUUGUUCGAUGCUUAAAACUAAACAACUGUUCCGUAAUUGAUAAUGAAAAAUAUGAAGAAGAAAUAUCAAAAUUCAUUAAUUAUUUAGAGUCCAAAAGAAAAAAAUAUUACUAUCACAUAUGCCAAAUACUUAUAAAAUUUAUUGUAAGUUCGCUUAGUGAUAACACUAUAGAUAACAAAUUCAUGGAAAAGGAAUUUGACAUAGAAGAAGAUAAUAUAGAUGGAUACGAAAAGAAUGUAAAUGAAAUUGAGGUCAAAAAUGAGGAAUAUAACACUUCAUAUGAAAGUCAAAGGGUUAAAGAUAAUAAUAGUAAUUAUAAUAAUAAUGUGAAUAUUUGGACUAUAAAUGAUAAUGAUGAAAAAAUUGUUAUGGAACCAUUUGAUGAACUCGAGGAAUAUGGAAAUUAUUUAUAUAACGUUUUAAAUCAAAUGGAUAAUAAAUCAUGGAAAGAUAAAAACCAUGCAGAAUAUUUAAAAGUUAUUAGUCUAAAUGAUGCAAUAAUUAAAGAAGACAAUGACAAAAAUAAAAAUUCUGAAAAUAAUAAUGGUUUAACUAAUACGUCUAAUAUAACAAAUAAUAUGAUUCUAUUACCAAAAUAUUUAGAGAAUGUAAGAAAUGGAAUAUAUAAUCAUCAAACCAAAUCUAUGCUAGAAGUGAAAUCGAUGAUUGAACAUGCAAUGAGUGAUAAUAUAAAAGCUCCACUAUUCAAAACAGGCAAAAUAGUUAGUGAAAUGUUACCUUCUCCCAAUUAUGAAAAAUAUUGGUCUACCACACAACCAGAGUUUUCUAAUAAAAUUGACACAUCACUUGUACAAAAUAUGAUAUUCAAGUUUUUUAAUUUACAGAAAAAUACAACACCAGUUGAUAAUAUGACACCUACAAAUUAUAAUAUAAAAUUUUAUGAUAUUUUUAAAAUUAUUUUAAAAGGCAUAUAUUCUAUAAAAUGUGAAAAUGAAGAAACACAUAUCUUUCUUAAUCAGUUAUUGAAUAAAACCAAGAAAAAAAAAUACCCAUUUAACUAUAAUAACCAACUAUUAGAUAAGAAUGUAAAAACAGAUGAUUUAUAUAACUAUUUAUUAUUACCUUUACAUUUGUAUAAUAACACGCAUGAAAUAUGUGAAGGAAUAUUAAAAUACACCAUAUACAAUAACGAUUUGGUAUUAACACUCAAAAUAGUAGAUACCUUUUUAACAAUAUCUGUGUAUGAAAAUUCCUUGAAAGAUUUAGUCCAUUUGUUAAAUACACUGGCAGAAUGUAUAAUUCUACCAUACUUAAGAAGUGAAAUAAAAGAAAAUAUUAAGCAUGACACGAGUGAUAAAGACAUUCACGGGACAGGAUCGUUAUCUAAAAAUUUUGAAACAGAAUUGGCGAAUGAAUUUAACAAAAUCAGUGAUGAUAACAAUAAUAAUAAUAAUAUUGAAAUUAUAGAUACUAAUAAAAGUAGAGAUAAUAUAAACCAAAACAGCAACACCAAUAAUAAUAAUAAUAAUAAUAAAAAAAAUGAUGAUCGUUUCGAUGAUAAUCAAUUUUUUGAUAACUUUUCAAAUUUACAUAAAUUAAUUUGUAAAAUUCCUUUGCAUGAAUAUGAAUCUCUAAAACUUUUAGAACUAUUUUCACUACAAUAUCCAAUGUUUUUAAAAAUACAAAACAAACCUCAAAGGUGCUUAAAAGAUAUUUCCAAGCCUUGUGAAUACUAUAGUAAUACGCUUCCAAUAUAUGGUUCUUAUAUUUUUCAAAUUGUAGUCUCUUUUGAAAUUGAUAAUUCCAUAAAAGUUUUAGAUGAACUUGGAUCAAAGUGUAAAAUUUGUUUUCAGCUAUCUAAUGAUAAUAUGAACGAUGAAAAUAGCACAGAUAUGACUGUAAGUGAUGAUAAUUCAAAUAUACAGAAUAAAGAGUACAAUUUCUUAGAAAUAAAUUUUCAGCAAAAUCAUAUGUAUACAAAAUAUAAUAAAUCUUCUGUAAAGGAAGAAGAUGAAACAGAAAAAAGUAUGAAAUCAAAAUCAAGUACAAAAAGUAAUGACGAAACAAAUAAAGCAAACAACCACAAAAAUAACAACAACAAUAACAAAAAUAACAACAACAACAAAAAUAACAACAAAAAUAACAACAAUAAUAAUAAUAAUAAUAAUGAUACCUUUGAAGAAUACGAAAAGAAUAAUAAGAAGAAAAAGAAAAAUGUACAAGUUAACAAACUUAUAAAUGUAUACGACAUAACAAGUAUGAAUACUAUCGUAUUUGAUAUUUUGAUAGAUCAAGGUUGCUUUAGCAGUGAAACAAAUGUAAACAAUGUAACAAAUGAUAAUGGUAAAAUAGUUAUAUAUUCAAAUGGAAGACAUUUAUUAACAUCUAAUAUAAACAAAAAAAUUAUUGGUUUUAAUGAAAAGAAAGGUUUAACAAAUAAUAAUAUUAAAUUAAAAGUAUUUAUUUCCCGUACUUGCAGUUUUGAAUUUCCUAAAGAAUGUUACUGGUCUUCAGCAUUUGUACAAGAGUUAGUAAAUAGAAAACUAAUUCCAGAAACGAAUCAAAAUUUUCUACUUAAGAAUCCUAUUAAUAUAAUAGAACUUUACAAUAAAGUGUCUAUUGCAUUAAACCGUUACUUAUAUCGUUUUUGUGAAUGGAAUAAUGGAGAUUAUAAAAGAAUUAUAGAAAAUGAUAGCUCCUAUACUUUAUAUAACAAUAUUGAUAUAAAUACCUUUGAAGCAUUAAUAAAAUAUACAGAGAACAAUAAUAAAAUACUUAAAAAAUUAUAUACCCUAAGCAAAAACUGUGCAUUAGAUAAGGAAAAUUACAUGGAAAAUAAUAAACAUAAUAUAAAUUAUUAUUUUUCCUUAAGUCCAGUCAAAUAUCAUGUUAGAAAAUAUAGAGAAUAUAUAUAUGAAUGGAAUCAAACAUCCGAUUCCCAAAUUUGUGCCUUAAGUAUUUUAAAAUUAUAUCUAAAAAAUAAUUUGGAUGUAAAUGACGGUAGAAUAGAACAUAAUGAAAAAUUCUAUUGCUUAUCAGAAAGGUUAAUAAAGUCGUUUUUAAAAAUAAUUAAACUAAAAACUCCGUUUAUUAAUCGAGAAGAUUUUUAUGUAAAUAACAAUUAUGAAAUGGAACAAUUAGACUUGGAUGGAAGUUUAUGGUUGUUAAGAAGAAAUGUUUUUCAAAUACUUUUAGAUGCAGAUAAAAUAAUAAUGAGCAAUAUAUUUAUGAGAAUCAAUAUAGAAACAAUAUUAAAUUUGCUUAAAUUUUUUUCAGAUAAUAAUAGUUUAGAUUCAGAUAUGAUAUUAAAAUUAUUGAAAUCGUUGGAAGAAAAAGGAAUUUUGGAAAUCAUGAUGAAACGAAUGUUAAGUACUCCAUGUAAAGAUGGUAUACAAUAUAAUAAUUCCAAUUAUAAUGAUAAUUCGCAUUAUACGCAUAAUUCCUUGAAAUCACAAAAUAUAAGUUCAAGCACUUAUUCAUCCUCUUCCUCAAGCUCGAAUUUGUAUAAUACUAAUGCGGACAAUUUCAACGAUAUAUAUACGAAUAAUAAAGGAGAGGAAAAACGAAAGAAAAGGAAAUAUUAUGAAGAAAAUAUGCAUGAAAUUCAAAGAUAUGAAAAACGAAAACGAAAUAACAAAUCAAGAAUAAUUGAUACAACACAUUUUGGUGUUUUUGUAGAAGAAUUAAUGACCUUAAUAGAACACCAGACAAAUAAUGCAAUUAAUACACCUGUUGUAAAUCAUAUAGAACAGAGUGACGUUUUCAUGGAAAAUAAAGCGUGUGAUGUGAUUCAUAAAUUAUGUUCCUUUUAUAAUGAUGAAAUUAAAAGUGAAGUCUUUCUUCGAAAUUAUAAUCAUUUUAAUCUUUGUAUAAAAAUAUUAAAUGAAAUAAAAAAAAAGAAUAAUCAUGUAAGUAGCGCAAGUGAAGUUGCAUCUAUAUUUCUAAGAGGCGUAGUUUUGAUGCUUACUACUUAUAUAUUAACUAUAGCCACUGAAUAUGAAACUACCAAGACGUUUUUAUACAAACCAGUUAUACCUUUUUACAAUUUGCAUAAUGAAAUGUUAAAGAAAAAAAAAAAAGACAUUCAUGUGUAUCAUGGAGAAGAAAUCAAACAAAUGAUAAGUAUGAAUAGUAAGAGUGUGCAAGAUAGAUAUAAUAACCAGUUUAAUCAAUAUGGUUCAAAUAAUAAAUCUUCCAACUUAACUAAUCAAAAUAUAGAUAUAUUAAAAUGUGAUAUGGAGGAUGUUAGCAGUUGUAAUAGUAGAUAUUCAAGCUUUAUUAAUCAAAAUUGGGAAUUAGAAUAUAAUAAAAAAAUAAAAAAAAAUAAUUCAAUAAGUAAUAAUGAAUAUAACAAAAAGGGAGAUGUUGAAAGUAGAGACCACGUAAAUUCUUGGAUCCCAUUAAUUUCUAAUCAAAAUGGUGGUUCUAUAGAUGGUGUAAUUAUCAAUUCAGAUGAUUCUAGUUCUCAAUCAUUCUUAGUAAGUAAAAGGAAAGUAUAUACGUUUGGUCGAAAAAGUUUCGAAAGUGUAAAUAUGUAUGUUGACGAUAAUGAGGAAGAUGAAGGAGAAGAGGAUAAGAGCGAGGAUUAUGAAUAUUGUGAUGAUGAACAACAAAAUGAUGUAUAUGAAGAUACAGAAGAAGAAAGUGAUAACUAUCAUAUGAGAAAAGAAAGACGUGUACAUCAAAAAAAAAAAAAUUCAAAAGUAUCAAUUAACAAAAAGACGAAUACUAGUUUAAGUGAUGAUAAUAAUUAUAGCUCUGAUGAAUUAGAAGAAUUUUAUCUAAGAAAAAAUUUAUUAGAUUUAUGUGACAAUAAUAAUAAUAAUAAUAAUGAUGAUGAUGAACCAAAUAAUUUUAAAAGUCAGUUGAACGAAAUUUUAUAUAAACUUUCGAGGAAGAAAAAAUAUGCAAAAAACUCUAAAAAGUUAAAACUUUUGAAGAAAAAAAUAAUAAAAUAUAAAAAUGUUUCCAAAAAACUAAAUUUCAUUUUUUCCCUUUUGGAGGAAAUAUUAAAAAUUAUGUUAGGUGUUGGUUUGAGAGUGUUAUCUAGUAUAUCAUAUCAUUACUUAUAUGAGAAGAAUGGUAUAUAUAAGUUUAUUAAUAUAUUUGGGUCGAAUAUAAUAAGAAGUAAUUUGAGGGAUAAAGGUUCUUUUCUUGAAUUGUGUGAGAAUAUGAUAAAACCUAAAUGUUUAACUUUAUUACAAGCGUGCACCUUUAUUAUAAGUGGAAUAAUACCUUGUUUAGGUUACGUGACUACACUUUUUGUUGAUAAAAAAGCAAACAAAUAUUUUUACAUAAAAGAGUUGAAUAAUUAUUUGUCUUUAAAAAUGGCUUUAAAUAUAUGGCCUAUGUUUUUAAAGAUAACGUUACAAGGUUUAUUAACAUCUAGACACUUAUCAUCUGAAAUGUCUGUACACAAGGACAAUUUACAUCCUAUAGCAGAAUGUUGUAUUAGUAUCACUAGUUUAGCAACUCAUUUUUUGACCUUAUUUACUAUAAUGAUUGAUAAUUUAAGUAGGUAUGAAAUUUAUUUCAACCUUAAAAAAGGAAUGAACACAUUAGGUAAUAAUUUCCCAAUACCUUUAAUUUUAAUAAAUUCUGCAAAAUAUAUUCGUAUAGAAUCUAAAAAAAAUAAAUAUUACGAUAUAGAGAAGGCCAUCAGAACUAUAUUAUUGCAAUUAACUGAUUGUUCUGUAUGUGAUUAUGAAAAUUAUGUGUUUAACCAUUACAUGGUUCCUCAAAGUAUUUCGAGUUUUUUAUAUGCCACCAGAAUGAACAAUGACAGUAAUUUGGAAAAUGAACACUCAUCGAAUAAUAUAAAUGCUCACGAAACAGAUUAUCAUGAUAUUAGUAUAAAUAAAAAUAAAGCAUUAGGAAAUGAUAUGGUAAAAACGUAUCAGUCAAUGUAUGAAGAUGAUUAUGAACAGGAAAGGAUUGGUAUCCGAAGUCGUUCUAGAAGGGGUAUACCUCUAAAGAAGAAAUCUGAAAGGAAUAAUAAUAAAGAAGAAAAUGUCAACAAUAUGGACCAUAAUAAUAAUAAUAAUAAUAAUAAUAAUAAUAAUAAUAAUAAUAAUAGUAAUAAUAGUAAUAGUAAUAAUAGUAAUAGUAAUAAUAGUAAUAGUAAUAAUAAUAAUUUCUUUCAUAGAGGUAGCUAUAGUACAAAUCCUCGUAAUAAUGAUAAUAACAUUACAUGCGAUAGAAAAAAUAUGGAAUUUCUCAAAAAUUUAAUGAAAAAUGAUCAUGAUGCUGUGCAAUGCUUAGGAAAAGCUUAUAGUGUAUUUCAUAAAAAUUUUGAAAGAGCGCAAAUAGCCUUUGUCGCUGUCUUUUUACAUCUAACUGGUUAUAAGCAUGGCCAAAUAAAAGGACCACAUCAAAAUUACAAUAGUGCGAAAAAUAACAAUGAUAAUAAAAAUGAUCAUAUAAUAAUAGAAGAUUCAUUAGAGUACAAAAAAAUAAAAAUAGCAUGCAAUUUAGCAAGACAAGGUGUUAUAGAUCUUAUAUCAAAAAGUCAGGCAUCACAAUAUCAUAAAAAAAGUAUAGAAGAAUAUAAUACAUCUUCCAAAAAUAAAAAAUGCAAGGAAGAAAUACAAGAACAAAUGAGUAUGGAACAUUUUGAAGGAAAUAAUAAAAGGAUGAAUAAUGUGAAGAGUGGUUCUCAUAAUGAUUUCAAAAAUUUAGUAAGGGAAAGUCAUCAAAAUAUAAAUGAAAUUGAUCUUGAUGAUAAUAAUAAAAGUAAUGUUUACAGUAGUAUUGAACAAGUAAAUGAUUUGCCUUUAAAUAAAAAAAAAUCACCAAUUUUACACUUGUCAUCAGAUUUAGAUGAAAAAAACGACUUGAAUUUCUGUAAUUUUAGCAAAGAAGAAUUAAAUUAUGUAAAUGAUGUACACCAAAAUGGGGAAAAAUCGAGCCACAAUAAUAAAAGUAACGAAUUCUUAGCAAUGGAUUCAAUUCAAAAAAAGAGGGAAAAACAAAUUGACAAAAUUUUAAAAAAAUGUGAAUGGAUUAUAAACACAUAUCCUUUUGGACUAUGUCCAGUUUCCGUAAAAGAAAAUAUAUCUCAUGAAUGGGAUGAACAUUUUGUUUUUAUGAGAAGAAAUUCCUAUGACAUUCCUAUAACCGUUAGAAAAAUGUAUUCAGAUCGUAGCAAUUAUCAAAUGCUUCAUGAAGUUGCUACUAUGCCAGCAGUUGCAGUAGAGCCAAGUGUAUCUUCUUUGAGUUAUUUGGAUCAAUUAUUUAGUCAUCAAAAUAAAAUAAAUGAUGAUAAAUUGGAAUGUAUACAAUUUAGUACUGAAAAUAUUUUUGGUAAGAGUACCACUAAAAAUUUGUUCCUUUUAAAACGAUUAUUAAAAACGUAUAAACGAAAUGUAUGUAUAAGGGAGCCAUCUAAUCAAUUAGAUACCAAUAAAUAUGAUAAAAUUUGUCUUGAGAAUAAUAAACAAUUUCAUACAUAUAUAUGUAAUAAUAAAAAUGUGAACUUUUCCAAUAGUUGUGCUAGUUGUGAUAGUGGUGAGGGAAAUUAUUAUAAUGAUGAAUCUAAUUAUUAUAUGAAUUUCCAUUUUUCUGAAAAAAAUAAUGAUCACCUUUCAAACAAUUCUUUAGUAUUAAAAUACAAUAAUUUGUGUAAAACAAAUAAUCUUGAAAAAUUUGGAGAAUUGUGGUUAAAUGCUCGAUCAACUAAAAAUUAUGUAUAUCAUAAUGAUCAAGAUGUACAACAUAUAGAUGAAUUUAAUUCUAAUUUGAUGAAUUACAAACCAGAAUGUUUCCUCUUUUCACUGAAAUCGGUUGACGAAAAUGAUUAUAUAAUGAGGAAUGAAAAUAUGAACAAUGUCAAAUGGGAUCCAACGGGAAGUCAUAUUACAAAGUAUACCAAUUCAAUGUUUGAUUAUUAUGAUAAUGCAUCUGAUAUGAAUUUAUCUGAGUUACAUGGAAAAUUUAAUGCAUUUUACAAACCUCAGAAAAUAAUACGCUCAAUGAAUAAACAAGAGUUUUCACCAGCAUUAUAUCAAGAAGAAAUGUUAAGAAAUCAACCAUAUCACACUACAGCUAACACUAAUACUACUACCAUUAUUAAUACUACUAAAAAGAAGAGUUUUCCAUCUUUUGACUAUUUUAGAAAUAAAUAUCUUCCUAAUAAUUCGAUUGAUUUUACAAUAAAUAAUGCAGUUGAUCAUACUAUCGAUUCGAAGGAUAUGUUACAAUUAAAGGAAAUAUUGAAAUUUAUAAUGAAUGACACCGACCUAGAAACGGUUUUAAAUAUUAUAAGAAUAGAGCAAUUAACAUCUUUGUGUAGGUAUUUAAUAAGUAGAAGUUUAAAAUCGAUGUUGUGUGCCGGAAUUUUCGGAGGAAUUAAAAACCCCAUAGUAAACAUGAGCAAAAAAAAUUUGAACUCGAACAAGCGUUCACAAAAGGGAUAUAACUCCAAUUCGGAUGAUAUUAAAAAAAAGAAAAAAAGCAAUUGUAACGAGAAUGAAGGGAGUUUGGAUAAAUAUAAUGAUAAUGAAAAGAAAGAUGAUAAAAUAAAUAAUGGUGAUACAAAAAAUAGUGAUGACGGAAAAAUAGAUAUGGAUGAUAAAAAAUAUUAUAAUGAUGAUCUAAAAAAUAGUGAUUAUUCAAAAAAUAAUGAAAGUAAUUAUCUUAGUUUAUCUAAAGAACCAGAUGAUAUCUUGUUGCCUUCCAGAAAUUAUGAAAAAGGUAUUUCAUCUUGUGUAAAAAAAAAUCGUUUUUCUGUUUUAAGUGAGGCUUAUAAAGAAGAGAAUUUAUUAGUAAAUCAACGUAAAUAUAAAAAUUUGGAUUUAAAUCAAAAGAUUUUUAAAAACGAUAAAAGAAAGAAGGGUAUAUUCGAGCAAUGGAGACAAAAAUCAACUAAAAGUAUGCAAUGGCCUGUAAUAUUAGAUUUGUUGGUUCCAUCAUUUAGCAGAGGAUCAUAUAACGAGUGUAAUAGAAUGAUAUCUAAUAUGGAAUCAUCUUUAUUUUCAGUGCAAAAUUAUGGAUGGAUGUUAUUAAAAUUGUUACAUAUAAUUAUUAUCAAAUUCCGAAGUCUAACACCAUUGAAAACUAUAAUGAGAGAAAUAGAUGACAAAAAUAGAAAUAAUAAUAAUAAUAAUAAUAAUACCAAUAAUAAUAAUAAUAAUAUCAGUUGUCAUUAUAUGAAUCAGUGGAAUGGUUCUAAUAUUAAGGAUCCAUUUGAGCAUCAUUACUGGUUCACACAACCGAUGGAAUAUGCUCUUUCAUUUACUUUAACAGAUAUUACUAAAAGUAUAUGUAUAUGGUAUUUAAGAUAUAACCGUAAAUUGAUAAUGAAUUCGUCUAGUUUUUCAAAAAUUAUCAAAAAUUCAAUGAAUACCUUAUGGAUAGAGAGUGUUUUACGAUUAAUAGCUUUACAAAUAUGUUUAGGAGUAAAACCAUUAAACGAUAGUCGAUAUGUGGUUCCAUUUUUGUAUCACAUGUUUACUAUUUGUCAACCUUUGCUUCGAGAAGUUCAUAUUAGUGGUGACUAUUUGAAGAAAAAACUUUUCGUAGGAAAUAAAAUAUUAUAUUAUUCGAAUAAGAAUAAUUCCUUUUUACAGGUGAAAUGUUCAUAUUGUCAUAAAUCUGUUUGUAUGUCUUCUAGAAAAAUGAGUUCUAAGAUGUCUCCAAUGGAAACACCUUUGAAGAGUUUAAAGAAGGGCAAUUCAUCUGAAGUGUCUUCGAAAAUAUCCUAUUUAAAUGGUCACACUUAUAGUAAUAAUGAUAAUCGUGAUAAUUAUGAUGAUGAUAAUCGUGAUAAUUAUGAUGAUGAUAAUUGUGAUAAUUAUGAUAAUGAUAAUGAGAAUGAUAAUUGUGAUAAUUCCAAAAAUGACAGGGGUGUUAAAGGAUAUAUACACUCAGAACGAGUACAAAAGAAACAGAAAAAAAUAAAACACAAAAUUAUUAAAAUGAAAAUGUAUAACCUUUCUGAACAUGAACACGAAGAAAUAUUAGAUAAUGUCAUUACAGGAAUUAUUAUUUAUCAUCAAACUGUACAAAAUAAUAAUCAGCACAUUAACAAAAUGAUCAUUUUACAAAACUUGAAAGGUUUUAAAAUCAAAGAAGAAUAUUACACAAAUGAAAACCAUUAUUGGGCUUUAUGUAUCCAACGAUAUAAAAAUUCCCCCUUAUAUACAUUACCAUUGAAAAAUCUUAAUAAAUGUAUGAAACACAAUAACAGAAAUAUUUUUCAAACGACAAACAUGAACGAAUCAGAUGAUACCUCUUGUUAUUAUUGGUCUGUAAGUGGUGAUCCAGUAUAUAAUAUUUAUGGAAAUGCUAAAUCGAUAUCAGACGUACAAUUAGAAAUAUGUGCUCAUAAAAAGUACGAUUCAAAUGUACGAUCUUAUCUCAAAAAAAAUAACUUCGAAUUAGAAUUUUCCAUAAAUACUCAUAUGAAUGAUGUAGUAAAUAUUUGGAUUAAAAGAAAGUCAAUUAUAAUAAAUAAAGAGUUGAUAGAAAUUACCGAUCAUCGUUCAAUCCCACUUUUCUCAAAGGGCAAUCAAAAGAAAGAGAUGCAAGAAAAUGAAGAUGAAAAAAUAAAGAAUAAAGGAAAAAAUAAAACCAAGACGAAUGAUGAUAAAAAGAAAAAUAGUAGUAUUAAUAAUAACAAUGAUUGUUAUGAUAUAAAUUAUAAAUGUGAUACUUAUAACCCUGAGGAAAAUCAAGGUACUCAUAAGGAAGAAAAUAAAAAAUACUCAAAUGAAAACGAAAACGUGGAAUAUUUAUCAGAACAUUUUUGUGAUUGCAUGAAAGUGUACACAGAUCAGGAUUAUUCUAAUGAGGAUUAUAGUAAUGACUAUUAUAAUAAUUGUGAUAAUUAUAAAAAUAUGUGUUCAGAUGAUAAAAAAAAUAGGGAUAUUUACGAUCACGGAGACAAUAAUUUGAAUUAUAAAAAAUUAAAAUUAAUUAGCUGGAAUUUAAUACAAACAAUUCUUUGGGGAAUAUUAGUUUCUGGAGAAAAUGUGCAAAUGGAAAAUUCGGAUCAACUUAUAUCUGAAAGUACUACUAAAUAUAUCAAAAAGAAAAUAUGUAACAUACAAGAUGAAAUAGAUGUAAAUGGAAAUAAUCAUAAUGAUUAUAAGGAUUAUAAAUAUGCGUUUUAUAAACUUCAAAGAAAAAGUUUAAUUGAAUCUGUAUUAAAAAUGAUUAUGUCUGUUUUAAUAAAAUUAUGUAAUAUUGUAAAAUUAUAUAAUGAUUUAACUAAAAAUAAAAAGGGCUCUUUUUACAUUUGUAUUAAUAAUACAAAAAUUAGUAUGAAACAAGUAAAAGAUUGUGAAAGAAUGAUAACAGAUUUUAUGUAUGCAUUAAUAAAAUGUGUACAAAAUUCAUCUACGGCUGCUGUUACUCUUCUUAGAUGUUUCUUAUUUGGUCAAGAUAAUCCUACUUAUCGUUUUAGAAAAUUAAAUAAAAUACAAAUCAAUUGCAAAUUUUAUAGGCUGAUUACUGAAUGUAUAAAAAAAGCUCCUAGUGACGCAGAUGAUAUAAGUAUUUUUUUUAAUACAUAUUUAGAUAAAAAAAAAACAUUGAUGAAUAAUGAUAAUGAUAAAAUAAAUACCAACACAACCAAGAAAACAAAAAAAGAAAAAGCGACGAAAUGUUAUAAGAAUGAAAUGUAUGAUGAAAAUGCAACGAUGGAGAAUAAUAAAAAAAAUAAUAUGGGUAACCUGAAAUGCAAUGAAGUAGAAGCUCUGGCACAUCCAUCAAAGGAUAAAUCGAAACAUUAUAAUAAUAAUGAUAAUAAUAGUAAUAAUAAGGACCAUAUUAGUUAUCUUGACGAAUAUGUUUAUAAUAAUAAGGACCAUAUUAAUUAUCCUCAUGAUUAUGUUUAUAAUAAUAAUAAUAAUAGAUGUAUUAAAUAUAGAGGAAUGGAUUUGAAAAUGUCCAAUUUUUUCUUCAAAUAUUAUGAUACUAAUAUGAAAAAGAAUUACAAUGAAAGCAAGAUUCAUGGAUUCUUCUUAUUAAGGUGUUUGCCUCCAAUAAAAAUGUUUCCCAAACAAUUGGUUAUUCAAGAAACUCAAAAAUUGUUUCAGAAUGAAAAUAAUUUUCUAUUUAACUCUAAAAAGGACGGGUCCUCUAAUAAUGACAAAAAUGACAAUUCAAAUAAAAAUAGGAAUAAUUAUAAUAAUAAUAAUAAUAAUUAUGAUAAUAAUAAUAAUGAUGAUAAUAAUAAUAAUAAUGAUGAUAAUGAUGAUAAUGAUAAUAUUAAUAAUAAUUAUAACAAUAAUAAUAAUAAUAAUAAUAAUAAUAAUAAUAGGAAUAGCAGUAAUAGUAAUAAUAGCAAUAAUAGUAAUAAUAAUAAUAAUUAUUAUUAUUAUAAUAAUACUGAUUACCAGAUAGGUGAACAUAAUAAUAUGCAAAUACAUUCAAGUUCUAAAGAAAAUACAUUUUAUCCUGAUGAUUACCAAAAUGUGGAUAUAGGUACCACAACCAAUGAAGGAAAUUCUCAAUGUAAUAGCAUAAAUAAUAUCUUAGGAUUAAUACCUAGAAUAUCAUAUAGAAAUCAUCCAUUUGAUGAUUUACCUCAAUCUGAAUUUUUCAUGUCUAGUCGACCUUCAGACGAUUUUGAAGCUCACAUGGAAGGUCGUGUUUUGAGAGUAUUGAGAGGAUUAAAUUUAGGAGGUGUAGUUUUAUGUCUAGCACCGUUGACCUUCCCAGCUUUACAUGUUGGUCCCAAUGAAGUAAAUGAUAUAAUUAAUUUCCGUAUACAAACAAGAGGUCGUUUUGGUGUAACUGUAGCUCCAGCUGAAUGUGUUCUAUCUAACGUGUCUGAAGUAUUUGAUAGAAAUGAUGUGGUUGGAUUUAGAACGAAUAUGUGUCCUCCAUUUAGGCAUGAUGUAUUUGCAGCAAAUGUACAAUAUGAAUUAGGUGAUUUGCUAAGUGUAAAAUUUAAUGUAGAAGAUCAACAAAAUCAAAAAUGUUUAAGAACGGAACUCAUGGUUUCCGGAGUAAGUAUUGGAUCUGUGUUAGAAGUAUUAUUUGAAGCUGAUUCUCAAAUUGAAUUUGAGAGGAGAAUGAAUUUGAUAUUUAUUUUCCAAGACCCUUUAACUAUUGUAUAUGAAGGUCCAACAUUUACUAUGCAAUAUGUAGAUCCAAAUAAGAAUAAUGCAAAUAAUUUUAGGAAUGAUAAGAAAAAUGCAGAUGAAGAAUUUUUAAAUGAAUUAUAUUCCUUAUCGGGAUAUGAUAAGAAAAAUUUUAAAAAAGAAUUACGAAAAAUUAGAAUGAAGAAGAACGAAUUUUACGAAUCGGUUAAACUUUAUCAGUCGAUACUUGAAUCAGAUAAUGAAAUAUUAAAAGAUUUAAAACAUGAAGUUAUCAUAAGAAUGAAUACUAGUUUGACAAAUAUUGUAUCUUACUUUAAGCAUCUAUCAUCUAAUGGUGUAAUAUUUAAUUCUGAAAAUGAUUAUUAUUAUUGGCACGAUACAGAUGAUACACUAUCAAGGAAGAUAACAACGAAAAAAAAAAAAAUGAAUAAUAUGAAUGUACUAAAUAAUCCAAACUUCAAAACUAAAGGUGGAAAAAAAAAGAAAAAAAUUAAUAUUCAUUUAAGUAAUGAUAAAGAGGAAGAUAAAGAUGAGGAAGCAAAAUACGUAGAAGGAAUAAAAAAACAGGAAAAUCAUACAUAUUAUGAUUAUAAUAAUAAUUAUUUACUUUAUAAUGAAAAUAAAGAUAAUAGGGUUGAUAAUUAUUAUUCCUUUGUUAAUAAAGAAGAUGGAGAUAGGGAUAUCUUUUCCUAUUCAGAGGAAAAAAAUUAUAAUAUUAUUACAUAUGACAAUAGUCAAAUUACUAGUUCGGAUAAGAAUAAUGAUCCGAAUAGAGAAAAAAUACUAGAAAAGAAAAAUUUUCAAGAUGAUUCAAUUAUGAGUAACCGUCAGAGUGAUAAUAAGGAAGAAGGCACUUCGUUCAAUUUAUAUGCAGAUUCUUCUAUUUAUGUAAAUAUGAACAAACAGUAUAAGAGUCAUGUGGAUGUACAUAAAACCAUUAGAGAAGUAUUAUCUAUUAUAUGUGUAUUAGGAUUAAAUAUAAACGGAGAACCAAAAGAAAAUAAACAAGAAAAUUUUUCGGAUGACACAAAUUAUAUAUUUGAUGAACUUCCAUGGUUAACCAGCUUAUCUGAUUUGAAGAAUUCAGUGACAUAUAAUCUGGAUAGAAAAUGUCUUGAAUUAUUUUUUUGCAAUUUGGUGGACAUUAUAUGUAUGGAUGUAUUUUUAGGGUCUAUCCUAAAUUUUGUUACGCACAACAUUAGUGAAAAUAAUCAAAGGUGUACUAGCGAUAAACAUAAUAUUGUGAGUUUUAAACACAACAAGAAUUAUAAGAAAAUAAUACAGAAAACGAGUGAAUUGGAUUCUGAAUGUUACCCUAUUGAAGAAUAUAAUGAUGAGUUUUUUGAAAAUAGAAAGGGAUCCCCUUAUUUCCCUUCCCGAAGCAAAAAUGACAAUAUUAAUAGUGAUAGAAGAAAAAAUUAUAAUAUUCAAAAUAGUGAUAAUAGUAACAUUGGCGAUAGUGAACUUAAUGUUAAUGAUAAUAGUAGUUGUGGUAGUAAUAGUAAAGACUCAUUAAGUGUGCACACUCGUAAUGUUGGCAGAGAUAUUAACAGCAGCAGCGAAUCAGGAAACACAAACAGUAAUAAUGAAAAUUCAAUAAGAAAUUCUAUUUUUAUGGAAGAAAAUGAAACGAAUGAAUCUUAUAGGAAUAAAACAAAACGUUCCUUAAGCAAAGAUAAAAAUGCUGGUGACUUGUCAAAUGAUAAUACCGAGGAAAUAUAUCAUAAAGAUAUAUAUAAAAAAGAAAAAAAUAAAGAUGAAAAGAACAAAAUAAAAAAGAACAAAUCAUAUAAAAACAAAACACAUAAAAAUAAAAAGCAAAAAACUAAAUCAUCGAAUGCAGACAAAAUGAAUAAAAAUUCAUUAUAUGGAUAUACCUUAUGCUUGAUCGGAACGAAAUCAAUUAUGUGUUGUUGUAUUAUAUUAAGAACAUUAUUAGAGAUGAAUUCAGAUGGGUAUUAUGAACCAAAUGAAAAGGUGUAUGCUUCUUGUAAAAGGUUGUUGAAUUUUAUAAAAUUAUUCUUCUUUAUUGAUAUAGGAAUAAGUGAUGUUUUGAUAAAAUACUUUGCUGAGAAAAAUAAGAUGAUGGAUAUGAAUUUCUUAUUUGACAAAAAGAAACAGACAAAAAAUGGAAAUAAUAAUAGUGAAAUUUGUAACACAUCAUCAUUUCUUAAUAGUUUUGUAAAAAAUACCAAUGGAAAUAAUAAAAAAAAAAAUAAUAAUCAUAAUGAUAAGGAUAAUCAUAAUGAUAAUCAUAUGGAUUGUAUGAACUGGAAAGAGGAAGUAGUGUUUUAUAAUCAAAAGUAUCAUGAUAAUAUGCAUACAAAGGAUUUAUUAAAUAAUAAGGAUGAUAAUCAAUCAAGUUAUAUUUCAACAAACGGAAAGAAUAAAGAUACAAAAGAUGCUGUACAAAAUGAAUAUAUAAACAUAUUAGAAAUAGUAAAUUAUUGUGGUAUACCGAAUAACUUUCUCGAAUAUUUUGAUAUAUCUACUCCGACGAUUAAAAAUCAGCAAGUAAUAGCACAAAAUGAUAGUUUUGAUUUAUGGAUAUAUAUUAUGAAUCUAUUAAUUUGUUUCAAUAGUCAAAACAAAUAUUCUUUAAGCUUCCCUCAAAGUAUUAACCAGCUCAGUGAAAACUCCAUUAAAAAUACACUCUUUGAUCUAGAAUAUUCCAACUUUUAUUUUUCUAACAAAAUAUUGCGUAAAAGUGUUAAAUUCUAUGCCUCAUGGUUGUUGAAAAAAUAUAUAAUAGAUAUGACAUGUGUUAUGGCUUCAUUGGUUCCAAAACUUUUCAUUGAUGAGUUAAAAACAAAUUUGAUGAAAAUAAAUGAGGGGGCAAGAAGUGGGGAAGAAAUAGAGAACAUGAGAAAAGUUCAAAACAAAUAUAUAAAUUCACAAGAUUCACAAGAUUCAGCAAAUUAUAGCAGUGCAAAUACAAAAGAAAUGAAUCAUAAGACAACAGUAUCAAAAUGUUGUUUUGAAAAUGAGAAAACAAGAUUAGAUCAUGUUGUUAAUAAUAAAGAGGGACAUCAAAUGGGUUAUGAUUCAUUUAAUGAUAAGAAGGAUGGGUUGCAUAAUAUACAUCACGCAAAAAGUUGUGAAGAAAAGAACAAUACCAAAAGUAAUAAUUAUAAUAAUUAUAAUAAUAUUAACAAAUAUUCUUGUUAUAAUGAUAAAGAAGAAUAUCAACAUGAAUUGUUAUGUAUCAAUAAUGAUUAUACUCAUCAUAAUAAAACACAAGGAAAUUUUAAUGACAAACUGAUGCAUGCUAAAAAGAAAUAUAAUCCUAAAUAUAGAAAAGUAAACAAAGUAGAACAUAUAGGUCAAUUGCUCAAUGCACAAUUAAGAAAUAAAGAAGAAAUAUUAAAUAUCUUUAGUAUUAUGUAUUUGUUUCGAAUAUGUAUAUAUUACCUUGGUAGAAGUAAAGAUUUCCGAAAAGAGGAUUACUGGCAAAAUUUCCAAGGACAAUUAAGGAAUGCCAAAAUUAAAGAAAAUGUGUACAAACUGCUUAAUGAAAAGAGCUGUAAAUCUUCUUUGCUUUUUGGUUGGCAAAGAAUAUUUUAUCAAUGUGUUGUUUCAUGGGAUGAUGAAAAAUUAGUAGACCAAUUAUUAAUAAUAAUACAAUCAGAAUUGUUAUAUCAUUUAAUUGGAUCUGUUGCUCAGAGCAUGUCACAAAAGAGAGUUAAAGUAGAACAGUUUUAUGCAAUUUCCCCUUCUGUUCAUGUUGCUCAUUGGAUGAUAGAUACCUUUGUUCGACAUCCAUUAUGUCCAUCGAAAAUAAGAUCUUGUUGUAUUACACCUAUGACAGUAACCUCUUUAUUUGGAUUAAUUAUGAAUGGUAAUAGACUUCCGAUCUUUUUAGGAAUCGAUGUAUGUAGAUUAGUGUACUGGUGUUGUGUAGUGUACAUUUUACAGAAUAAUCAAAUGCAUAAGCAUUACAAGAAAUUAAAUAACAUUGAUAUAUUAACUCAGUUGAACGUAACUAUGGAAGAACCUUUGAAUAAUGAUUUGGAAUAUACUACUUGUGCCAAUCAAAAACAUAUUACCAAAAAUUAUCAUAAUACAAAAAGUAAUAAGCAGCAUAAUAAUUAUUUCUCCACCAGAGGGAAAAUGCAAAAAGUAAAAUGCAAUUACUACUCUUUCUUAAGUUAUGUAUUCCAUUGUGUAAAUAUAUGUGGUUCGUCAGUUAUUAAUCAAAUAAUAAGUUUUAAUAAUAACAACGUUGGAUACAAAAAUAAUGUGCAUAAAAAUAAAGGCAACGACAAUGUAAGUAAUAACAACAACAAUAAUAAUAAUAAUAUUAAUAUUAACAGUAGUAGUAGUAAUAAUAAUAAUAAUAAUAAUAUUAAUAAUAGUAGUAAUAAUAAUAAUAGUAGUAGUAAUAAUAAUAAUAAUAAUAAUAAUAAUAAUAAUAAUAAUAGUAAUAAUAAUAAUAAUAAUAAUAAUGUAAGAAAUAGUAAUAAUGAACAUGUAAAUAAUAUAAUUGAUAACUUAAAUAAUAAUAUUAACGAUAUUCUAAACUGCAUUCAGAAUUCAUCCAAUAAUAGAGUACUAAAUAAUCAUUUCAAUGGUAUCAGUAGUGUUAGUAAUGAAACUAUUUACAAUUUAAAUAUAACAAAUAGAAGAAAUAGUCAUAAUAUUUCAUCUAACAAUAUUAAUAAUACAAAUACGCUACAAGAAAAUACAGAAACAAAUAAUACUUCUAAUGUUAACAAUUUAGGUGGUAUAAAUUCUUUAUAUUUAAAUGGAACUAAUGGAAAUCUAAAAACUGAUAAGAUAUUAUUACACAACUUUUCAAACUUUGAUUUGAUGGAGAAUAAAGAACCCAGUAUGUAUAAUUCUAUGAAGAUGAAUGCUUCUUUACUAGUACAUUAUUUUGCUUGUGCUGCCUAUUACAUUAAAAGAGCUGAUGUAUAUAAUAUUAUGAAUUAUUAUAACGAGCACACUCAUGCUAAUUUUAAACAAUACUGUUUAUAUUUAUAUGUUGUGGAUCAUGUAUCAAAAAUAUAUUCAAAGCAUAUUAAAAGAAAAAUUAGUUUAAAAAAAAAAGGAGGAAAAAAGGAUGAUCAGCUAAUGACAUCAUCCUUUUUCUCUGACAUUAUGAAAAAGGACCCAAAUGAAAAAUCUCAUAUGUCUUAUGAUGAUUACACGAAUAAUAAAUAUGACAAUAAUAAUAAUAAUAAAAACAAUUUGGUAAAUAACGAAAACGAAUUAAUCGUAAGGAAAGAUUCCAAAAUUAGCAGCAAAAAUUACAGUUUUAAUUCAGAUUAUAAACACACAGAUAAAACCAAAUGCAGAAAACAUACAUAUGAUGAAUCUUAUAAAGGCCAGUAUCCUGAACUUUUUGUUGACGAUGUACUACAUAUACCAAAAAAACUUUCUGCAAAUAUUAUUAUUAAUAUGAACGAAAAAAUACAUCAUAUAUCAUCUUCUAAUUCCAAUACAAUUAAAAUUAAAAUAAGAGAUAUGUUUGUAUUGCCAAAACAAAAUGAUAAAUCUUUUAUCCACAAAGGAAUUUCUAGUACUCACCAUAAUAAACCAUUCUAUGAUAAGGAAGACAAAUAUAUGUUUGGAGAGAAAAAUAUAGUUGAACGCAAAAACAAACAAAAACAAUUAUACCCUGACAAUAGUAAUCAUAAAAACAAAAAACAUUUUACAUAUACUGAGAACAAAGAUAAGUUUAAUGAUAAAAGUAACUGUAAUCUGAAACAAAAAAUUAACCGUUUAAAUAGCGACGAAAACGAAAAAAUCCAAAAGAUUAAUCAGAAAAAUUUUAAACACCCUAAUAUAAUCUUUAGUGCGGAUAAUAACUUUAAUUACAUUUUGCAUGAAAUAAAAUUUAAGAAAAUACAAGAAUUUGUGUAUCUUAACUCAAAUGUGAUAGAUGAAAAAGUCGAUUUAGAUACUAUAGAAAAGAUUACAUUGGGUUCAUAUAUUGAGUUAACUGAUAUAUAUAAUUUACCUGGAUCCUUUUUCCUAAUAGGUAAUUCAGAAUUAUAUUCAGGUUCCUCUAAUUUAUGUUCAUCAUCUUUUACCAUAAGUUUAAUACUGGUUGAUAAUAAUGCAGAUAAUAUGUCCGAUGGUAAUUUCAACAAUUUCCCAAAUAUUGAAAUUGGUGUUAUAAAUAGAAAAAAAUAUUUUGAAAUAAAACUGGAAGAAGAUCAAAAUGAAGAUGAAGACAAAAUGGAAAUAGAAAUAGAAGAUGAAGAAGAAGAAAAAGAAAAUGAAAAAGAAGUAGAAAAGGAUGAAAAUGUACAUGAUGAAAAAGAUAAAGUAGAACAAAUAGAACAUGAAAAAAAAAAAGAAAAAGAUGAUAAAGAAUCUUGGUUGUUACAUUAUGACGAUGGAAAGGAUACAAGUGUUAAAGUCAAAAAAUUUAGUAAUUGCAGAAUAUCAAAGAAUGAAGAAGAUAAUAUCACAUAUCGUUUAAGGAAUAAGGAAUUGUUAGGUGAAAAAAAAAUUACAUCUAAGAAUAGUAAAUUUUUAUAUGACAAAAACGUUGUAGAUGAAUCCUUAAAGUGUACUAGAAAAAAAUCAUUUUCUAGUAGAACAAGAAAAAAUGAAGAUGAAUAUGAAGGUACUGAAAAGAGGCGUUCAAGUAAUAUUUCAACGGAUAUCAAUAAAAUAGCUCAUGUCAGUUUAACGAAAUAUAUAAAUAAUGAGAAAAUAGAAAAAAGUAAAACUAGGGGUAAACGUGUUCAAAAUGUGACUGAAAAAUUAAGAAAUACAUUGAAUGAUAAUAAUAUAAAGGAAGAUAUACCUAAUGAAAACAACAACAAAAAUAAUAUUAAUAUUAAUAUUAAUAGUAACAAUAAUAUGAUGAGGGGUAAAAUGUUUCACGAAAAUUUAUCUGAUAUAAAUAUGAAGAAUUUGGGUAGCAACUUCUAUCAUAGUAAAUAUGCAAAUCUUAAUAAGACGAAUUAUAUAACCUUAAAUAUAUCUGAUGGUAAUGUGAAUUCUAAAGGAUUUGAUUGCAGUGACAACAACAUUGAAAAUAUGAAAGAAUUAUUAACAAACAAAAUGUCAGGUAUUUUAAAUAUUACAGUACAGAUAGUUGGGAAAAAAAUAUUAUGGUUUGCAAAUAAUAUAUUAAUUUUUUGUAAAGAUUUUUCAUAUGAAAUGAAAGAGUUUCUGCCAUUCUUAAAAGUUUCUCCUAUAGAAAGUAAAAAAAUUCCUAAAAAUAAUGGCUCCAAUAAACCAUCUGUACACAUGAAAUUUACAGAAAUGAAUGAAAAAACGUUUGUUUCUCCUUUAUCAAACUUUUAUUUUAAGUUUGAAAAUAUGCAUAAGUUGAAAUAUGAAAAUGAUUGUAUAAAAACCAAUAAAUUGUGGAGCAAAUGUUUAUGGAAGCCUGUGUUUUUUAUAUUACCGGAUGUUAAUAAUAAUAGUGACAACAAUGUGGACGUUCCAGGAACAUCAACACAUGACUUGGUCUCUACAAAAAUGAAUACACCUAUAAAUAUGAAUAAUAAUAAUAAUAAUGAUAAUAAUAAUAAAAAUAAUAUGGGGAAUAAUACGAAUGACACGAAUUACCUAAAUCAUUCUAUAAUAAAAAAAAUGGUACCUUCCAUUAUACCACAAUCAUCCAAUGAAAUAGUUAUAAAAUAUAAUAAAUAUCAUAAUACAUAUGGACAUAUAGAAUAUGAAGACCAAUUCGCAAAUACUUUGUUUGUUAGCCCAAAUAUACAAAUAAAAAGUGAACCCAUAAAUAUUACCUAUUAUAUGUACUGUAAAAAUCUCCAAGGGAAAAGAUGCAAAUUGCUCUCCAUGGAAAAUAUUAAAAAUAUCAGAACUAUAUCAAUUAAAAAUUAUUACGGUUUUAUAAAUUUAUGCAAUCAAUUCAAACAUAAUGAAAAACCUACAUCUAGUAGUAUGGAACAGAAAAACAGCAACAAUAAUGUGAGCUAUAGUCAUCAUAAUAUGUAUCAGGUACAACAAAAACCUUAUUCUAAAAUAUUUGAUACAAGAAAAAAUGUAGAAAGUGAAAAUUCAAAUAACAAGGCAGAUUCGAUUUUGAAGCAACAUUUGAAUAGAAUAAUAAAUAAAAGUGAAGAUCUACGAAUUAAUAAUAAAGGUACUUUGGAUUUAUGCAACAAGUUAUUGUUAUCAAAUGAGUGUAAAACAAAUGAAACGAAGAAAAAAACGGGAAGUAAUAAUAUAGGAUCGAACACAAAUAUUCAUCAAUUAAGUGAUAAUAAUAGAGGACAACACACCUCGUAUUAUCAUGAACAACUGCUUUCAGAAAGUAUAAGCAAAAAUGUUAUACAUAGUAAUUACAUAAAUGAUUAUUUUACCUUAAAUAAUGACAAUAAAAAUAACUCCUCCUCCUCCAACAACAACAACAACAACAACAACAACAACAACAAUAAUAAUAAUAAUAAUAAUAAUAAUAAUAAUAAUAAUAAUAAUGAUAAUGAUAAUGAUAAUGAUAAUAUUUGUUGCAAUAGUAAUAACAAUGUACAUAUUAAAUACAAAUUAAACCAAAUACCUAAAAUCAGAAAACAUAUUCAUCAUAAUAUAAAAUAUAGCUCUAUACAAGAAAUUAAUGAUAACUCUCACUAUAGCAAUAAGAAUAUUAUGGACGAAAAGAAACAAAAGGAAAAUUCAAAUGAUAUGCAUAAUCCAAAGAAAAAUCAGGGACAUUAUAUUGUUGAUCCUUCGAACGAAAAAGAAAUAUUAUAUGAUAAUAAAAAUAAUGAUAAUGGUUAUUCUAAUAAUUUCCCUGAUGAUAAUAAUUCACUACAUAAACAUGUACAUAAUAAAAUUACAUUAAAAGGUAGUAAUACAUACUAUGAUAUGGAUAAAAUCAAAGAUAAACAAAUUGAAAAUUUCUCAAAUGAUUCGAGUAAUUAUUCUCUGUAUUAUAUAGGGUGUAAAGAAUUUAAAUUAUCUAUUGAUUCAUAUGAUUCAAUAUUUCCAGCAAAACCAUUUAUAUUUAAUUGUACUGUUAAUUUUAAAGAGGAAGAAAAUUAUUAUCACAAAAAAAAUUAUCUUACAAAUUCUGUUGGUAUUAUAUGGGGUAUAUAUCGUUGGUUAUGGAAAAGCAAUGGGAAGUUUAUAUGUCCAUUGAGAUUACCUUUAUGUGUUUCUGAAUUUCCAUCCGAAAAAAUUGAAGAAUGUGAAAUAGAUGUGGUUGGAUAUAAAUCGAAUGAUAAUCUAUGUAUUGAAUUUCAACCCUUAUAUCAAUGUUUAUUAUUUUAUAAGAAUGGAACUUACCAAUUUGGAUUUAAGUUUGAUUCCUUUUACAAUUAUAGAAACUUAAAAAAUACAUUUUUGAGUGAACAUAAUGAAGAUAUGAAUAUGGAUCGAGUCCACCAAAAUAUAUCCAAAUUAUCUUAUUCUAGUAGUAUAAGCAACGCAAAUUUUAAUGAUAACUUUUUUGUAAAAAGGUUUGUACAGAACAAAUAUGAACAAGUAUCAACAGAGAAGAAUGACAUACAAAAGAUGAGUAAAAAGAAAGAUGAUAAGAUUAAUAAUUAUGAUGAUAAUAUGAUGAAUAAUUAUGAUGAUAGUAAUAAUAAUAAUAAUAAUAAUAAUAAUGAUAGUAUGAAUAAUCAUAAUGAUAAUAUAAAUAAUUAUGAAGAUAGCAUAAAUAAUUACGUUGAGAGUAUGAAUAACUAUGAUGAUAUUCUGAAUAAGGGUCAUGUAGUUACACAAAAUAAUUUAACAUUAAAUUCGGAACACAAUACCAAGGUAAAUCUUUCUAAUUUCUUUCCUAUGUCGAAUAUGUCCUCAGUUUCAAAUAUGUAUACAAUUUCGAAUGAACGAAAAAGUAGUAAUAAAGGAAAUGGAACGAACAAUGUGGUAAAGGCGCGUGUAGAACGACGGGGAAAGUAUAAAGGAAUGAACGCAAUUAAUAUUAAUAAUAAUAAUAAUAAUAAUAAUGAUAAUGAUAAUGAUAAGGAUAAGGAUGAGGAUAAUGAUAAGGAUGAUAGUAAUCAUGAUAAUGUUAAUAAUAUUAAUAGUUUUUAUAAUAAGGAUGGAAUUAUAUCAUAUGAUAAUUUAAAACAAGAAAAACAAAACGAUACUGUUAUGAGAAUUAAAAACCAUGUAAACAUGAUUAAAUUAUAUAACUGUUUAUUACUAAACGAUUGUGAAAAUGUUUCUUCUAUUCUGAUAAAUAAUCCAGAAUUAUUAUCUAAAUCAAAUGAAAAUAUGUCUGAAAUAUCUUUUGAGCAUUAUUAUCAAAUGAAUUCAGGUGAUUUCCCCUACGAACUUAUUUCAUCUAUGAAAAAUAUAAUGCAUGAAAAAUAUUUGACCCCCUUAAUGUUAGCCUGUAGAAUUGGAUGUGAAGAAUGUGUACAAAAUAUUAUUGAGAAAGGUAAAGUGAACCCGAACAAAAGUUGUCAUAGAAUAGAAAAGGACACUCCUUUAAUGGUUGCUGCACAAUAUGGACAUAGCAGAAUUGUUUGUAUGUUGAUUUGUGUAUAUGGUGUUCAAGUAAAUAAAAAGGAUAUUAAAGGAAAUACUGCCCUUCAUAAAAUAUUAUUGAAUUCUUCCAACACAGAAGGAAAGAAAAAUUCUACUAUCAAAAUUGUUCAAUUGUUAUUAAAACUUGGAGCUGAUUUAACUAUUAAGAAUAAGAAAGGUAUAUCUGUAGAAGAUCUUGUACAAAAAAAACUUAUAAAAAAUGAAAAAAUUGAAAAUCUCUUAAAUAUAUGGAUAACAUUAAUAAUAAAAAAUAAGAAAAAACAUGAAGGACGUUAUAUUCCUAGGAAUAUCAUACCUGGAUUGCUUUCUAAUUGUUCCAUAGUUGUUGGAUUUCCAAAAGGUACAAAUGGUAAUGUGCCAAAUGAAUGUGGCGUAAAAAUAAAUUCGUUUGUCGUAGGUGGAGAAGAAUUAGUGAAUGUAAGAUAUCAUAAAGAAAAACCAACAAAACAUACAUUUGAUGAUGACAAUGAUAACAAUUAUGAUCAAAAUGGUGAUAAUAAUGUAUACAAUAAUGCAUACAAUAAUGUAUACAAUAAUGCAUACAAUAAUGCAUACAAUAAUGCACAUAGUAAUGUAUAUAAUAAUGGUGAAUAUAAAAAUGAUCUUAAUAAAGAUGAUCAUCCUUGUUAUAUCAAUUUUAAUUAUGAUAAAUUGAAUUAUAAUUAUAACAAAUGGAGAGUAAGGACCAAGGAAGAGGAAUAUUAUAGCUGUGAUAAUUCGUCUAGUAACUCUUCUAUAUCCAAAUUUGGUAACUUAGAAAAGAAAAUAAUAGAAGAUCAUGAAAAAUAUAAAAUCUCAAAAUAUGGAGGAUAUCCUAAUGGACUAUGUUAUAAAGGAGAAAAGAAUACUCAUUAUAACAAGGGGUUUGAAGGUAUGAACUCUUUAGAAUUUGAUGCCUUUUCUGGAUGUAAAAAUAUGUAUGAAGAUAUAUAUGAUAAGGAAAAUGAAGAAAAAUUAUUGUACAACAAUAUUAAAGAUAAUGGUUUAAAAGAAAUAGAUGAAGAAAUAAAUCAUUCCAAUGAUAAUAUUAAAGUGUUCCUUAAGGAUGACGAAGAAAAGGAUGAUGAUGAGUAUCAAAAGCCAUAUGACAAGAGAGUAAUUAAUAAAAAUAAAAAUGAUAAUUAUGAUAAAAAAGAUAAUUAUGAUAAAAAAGAUAAUUAUGAUACAAAUGACAAAAAUAAUUAUGAUGAUAAUAUUAUCUUGCCAGUAGGAAAAAAAGAUAAAAGAAAUAAAAAAGUCAUGAAUACUUGUAGUAGUGGUAGGAGAACAACAUCAAAAAAUUCACGUAACUUGUCAUCAGCAAAAAAUAUAAAAUGUAGUAAAAACUCAACCUGUAAUAGUGAAAAAUACAAUUCUAAUGAAAGAAAUAGCAAUUUAGAAAAUCAUGCCAUACCAAUAGAUCAUAAAGAUAGUGUAGAUGAAACAUUUGUAUUCAUCGAAAAACAAAAGAGGAAUAAUAAUAUAAACACCAACGAUCCAAUGACCUAUAAUCCUGUUACACACGAAAAAGAAAACAUAUUAAAUUAUAUAUUAGUCCAUACAUAUAUUGAUGGAAAAUUGGGAAUAAGAUCUGCUUAUAACCAUGAUAUGGAAACAGAACACGGAAUGGAUAAUAUAUUUGAAACGGAAAAUAAAAAAAAUAAAGCAUUGAAUAGUAACAUGAGCAACAAUAAUAAUAAUAAUAGCAACAAUAAUAAUAAUAAUAGCAACAAUAAUAAUAAUAGCAACAAUAAUUACAAUAAUAAUAAUAAUAAUUGUAUAUACCAAGAAUUUUAUAUGCUGAGAAAAGAUAAGAAGAAAAGGAAGCAUCUCAUACUUUCAAACCUUCAAAAUAACCUAUUCAAUUAUCACGAUUUGAAAUAUAGUUUAAUCGAAUUUAUAAAUAAAUCAGGAGUGUUCUCUGAUAUUAUUAAAGGUCAUAGUUAUUUAGAUUCAAAAAAGAAAAUACCCAAAUUUGAUGAGUUGAAAAAUUCAUUAAUAGAAGCUAAUAACGAAUUAGAUAUAAUUAAAGGAUUCAAAAAGUUCUUGGAAUUAUUUGAUUUCUUAUAUAUGGAUGAUAGAUUGAAAUACUUUCUAAAUAUUGAUUUAAGAAAAAAUUUGGAAAAUUCUCGUAAUUUAAUUGACCUUGGUUAUAUCCUUCUUAAAAUAGAUAGCUUUUGUUGUAUAUUCAAUAGUUUUAAAUUACAGUGGAAGGAUAAUUCGCAUGAAGAAUGGAAGAAAAAAUUAUUAAAAGGAAUAGGUAUAUUAAAUGAAUUUUCAGAUAUUAAAUGGAUAACUGAUUCCUAUACUAUUUUUAAGUAUGAAGAAGAAAUUCUUGAAUCAGCAUCUUUUAUUGAUAAGAUAUUACAAAAUGGUAAUUAUAUGGUAUUCUAUAAUAAUUUAAUGAAUAUGAUUCAUGACAAGAAUAUACAUUUAAAAAAUGGAUUGUACGAUUCUCACAUAUUUAAUGACAUGCUUAAAAAUAUAAAUAUAGAACAUUUUAAUAAGGAUACAAUUCUGUAUGAUAUUUGUUCAAAACAAAAUAUCCUAAAAAAUUAUUUUAUCCAAGAAAGAAAUAAAAAGUAUGCUAUUAAUAAUCACGAUUCGAGGGUAAUAAAUGAGAAAUAUAAAAACUAUAUGAAUGAAUAUUUUGUAAAUAAAAAAUUGAAAGGUCAUAGUAAUAAUAAGGACCUUUAUUAUUCCAUGAACGAUUCAGAGGAUGAAUUCAUUUAUAGUAAAGAAAAGAGAUAUAAAAAGCAUCAAACAUGUGAUAAAUACAUAUAUAAGUCUGAGAUGAAAGAAGAAAUGUGUAAUAAAUCGAAUGAAUUAUAUAAUAAUAGUUUGAAUAAUUCAAAUAAUAUAAAUAAUCAUAGUCAGUUUUACAACAAUGGAGUUAAUAGAAAAGGUGAUCAUACUUAUGCUAAUGAGAAGGAUCUCAGUAUGACAUCACUUGAUUGUAAAAACCAUAUGUGUGGAGAAGCACAACAUAAGGAUAAGACAUAUAAAAAGGGGAUGUAUGAUGUAGAGAGAAAGCAAAGUUUGUUUAAUACUAGUGAAAAUACGGAACAACAUGAUUUAAUAAAUAAGGUGAAUGGUAAGGAAGAAAAUGCAAGAAAACCCAAACAAAGAAAUAUUCGAAGCAAGAGAUUAGAAGAUAUAAUAGAUAAAAUGUAUGAAGAUAAUGAUAUAAGUAAUAGAGAAAAUUCAAAAAAUAUAGAUAGUUUGAAUAAUAUUAGUGGUAAUGGAAGUAUCAAAUUUCCAUCUUAUAGUAAAAACCUUUUAGGUUAUAGAAAUGGAAACUUUUUGCUCAAUUAUUCUAAUAACAUAUUUGAAAAAGGUAGAGAAGAUGAAUCAUUAAAUAGUCAUUCUCCUCGUGUUACUUCUAACUUAUUAUCGAGUUAUUCAAAUGAGAGGCAUGGAAUAAAAUUGGCAUUUAUGAAUUCAGGAGAACAAGGAAAAGUGAUGAAACGUAUAUAUAAUGAUAAUGUGAAUAAUAAUGUGAAUAAUAAUGUGAAUAAUAAUGUGAAUUAUAAUAAUAAUAAUAAUAAUAAUAAUAAUAUUCAGGGAGAAUAUAAUCAUAAAGGAGAUGUGCCUCAUCCUAAAUUUAUAGAAAAAAACCAUUAUACCAAGAACGGAACUAAUAUACUGUCGUCAUUAAAUAAGCACAAUCAUUUGAAUACACAAGAAGAAAAUAAUAGUUUAGAAAAUAAUUAUAGUUGUGAAACCUUUUGUGAUGAAUAUGAUAGUGAAGAAAGCGAAUUCGAAUUAAUGUGUGAAGUUCAUUUUACUUCGAAACCUAACGAAGAGAUAAUGACAAGAGAGCAAUUUAAUAAAAUGUGGCCACAAACAUUAGAUAUGUAUAUACUUCAUAUAUAUGAUUUAAUAAGUAGUUAUAUGGAUUCUCCUGAAAAAAUAAGUUUAUUUAUUUAUCAUGCUUUUGAUAUGGAAAAGAUAAAGAAGAAAUUACCAAGUAAAAGUUCUCAAUUAUGGAAAAGAAUAAACAUGUCUCUAGAUGAUUUUAUUGAAGAAAUAAAAAAUGUACACAAUUAUACUAUGAGAAUUAUUUACCAAAGUAAUUAUAAAAGAUAUGGUAUGUUACCUCCAAAUUUUAAGAAAUAUUUUACCUUAUCAGAAGAAUGUUUAAAAAAUAUAGCUAAAAAUAAAAUAAUUAUGAAUAUGGAUUAUUAUAAAAAUUAUAUUUAUGAAGAAAAUAAAAAGAUGUUUUUAAAAAUAAUACAAGAUCGUAUAUAUCUAUUGAAUAAAUUUAAUAUUUAUUUUGAAAACUGUUUACCAAUAACGAGUAUAUUAUUUAACAAACCAGUUAUUAAUUUAGAAGAACAAGGAUUAAGAACAUUAGAAUGUCCCUUGUGUUUUUUCAUGAGUAACGAUUUGUAUUUUCCAUGGACAUAUAAAAAGAGAAAUACUCACUUAUUUCAAUAUAAUAAUAAUAAUAAUUCAUGGUUAGUUCAAAAAAUGAGGAGUGAAUUAUAUGACAAUAAUAAUCUUAUGUCCAAAAAUGUAUCCAUGCUAAGUUUAUAUAAUAAUACAAACUAUAGAAAUAAUGAUAAUAAUAGUAUAGUUGGACAAAGUAAUUACCCAAUAAAAGUUGAAGGGAAUCAUAUAAAUGAAAAUUAUAAAAAUUGUGCGGAGCAUAAUCAUUAUGAUUAUAGUCUCAAUAAAAAUUAUAGUAAUGAGAAAAGUAUAUAUGUAAAAAAUAGCAAACAGAUUGAUGAUAUAAAAAAGAUAAAAUCAGGAAAUGAAUACAUUAUUAUGGAUUCCAUCCAAUCUUUAGAUAGAAAUAGUACUAUAGUUAAAAAGGGAUCAUUUUUUUUAAAUAACGGAAAAGGUUCCUAUAAUAGUUAUACGGAAAUAGAAGACAAAGAUUGGUUAUUAGGAAACGUGGAGAAUUUAAAUAAUCAUAAUAUAUAUCCUGAUAAUGAAAUAAAUUAUAAAAAUAAUAAUCAUGAUGAUAAUAAUUAUAAUUGUUAUCAGAAUCAUUUAUGUGGUAAUGAAAGCGAAGAGGAAAAUGAAAUAUUUGAUUGUGAAAAGUAUUGUAAAAAUAUGUACACUUCCAAUAAAAUGGUUUUGGCCAUGGGAUCUUCUGAUUUACCUAUACAGUUGUCUUCAUACUUAUUUAUUAAAAAGUUGUUAAAGCAUGACACAUGUUUAAAAUUAUGGAAAGAAUGUUUAAAACAUAUUACGUCUUCUAGUUCUGAGAAAUCUAAUUUAACAUUAAGAAUAGAUAGAGGCAUGGCUGCUACAGCAAAACAUAUUGCUCACACCAUGUGGUAUCAAAGUACAUAUUCUUUAUUAAAUAUAGAUACAGAUAAAUUAAGAGGAAAACCAAGAGAUCGACCAUUUAUGGUAGUAUUUGUUGGAGAAGGAGCUACAGAUUUUGGUGGUCCUUUCCAUGAAUAUUUAUCUUCCAUAUCAAGAGAAGUAAUGGGGAAAUUAUCAGAUUCUCCAGAUAAAAGCUUGCCAGUUUUUCCUUUAUGUAUUCCUUGUCCUAAUUAUACUCAAGCAAUAGGUGCUAGACAAGAUACUGUAAUAAUUAACCCUCAAAGUACACCAUAUGUUGUUAAAGAAUGGGAUUAUAUUGGAGAGGUUGAUGUUAUCGAUAAUUUAGAAAGUUUCCGAUGGCAAAUAUUAAAUAUAUAUAAUUCAAUAAAGGACAUAAAAAAGAAAUUACAGAAGAAUGCAAAGGAUAGUUAUGAAGAUUAUAAACAAAAGAUGGAAGAAAAUGGUUCUGAUGAUGGAUUAGAAAAUAUUAUGGAAGUAAAAGGUAAAUCAAAAACUAAAGGAAAAUACAAAAAUAAAAGUAAUAAAAUGAAUAUGGGAAGUGAUAAUAUACUUAAGGAUGGUGUAAAUAAUGAUAAUAAUCAAAAGGGUCAUAAAUAUGAUGAAAAAAAUAUUUCUAAUGAUAAGAACAUUCAAGAUAUGACCUCGAAAGAGAAAAUGUACUUUUAUACGAGUAAAAAAUCAGUUACCUUUGAGAAGUUGGAGGAAAACCAAAAAAUGGAAUACCAAAUAGAAAAUAAAUAUGAUUAUCCAUUUGUUUGUGAUGCUUGUGAAUACGAUAGUGACAUAUAUGAAAUAAUAAACAAUGCUUCAUUAAAAUCAAGGAAAUUGUUUAUGAACAAAAUAUGGAAAAAGAAAAAAUGUUUGGAUGGUGAGGGUGACAAAAAUGUAUUACUAAGGGAUACUCACGAAAAUGAAAAUAUGCGUGACAAUAUAAGAAACAACAUGAACAAUAAUAAUAAUAAUAAUAAUAAUAAUAAUAAUAAUAACAAUAAUAAUAACGACAACAAUAACAAUAAUAAUAACGACAACAAUAAUAAUAAUAACAAUAAUAAUAACCGUAUUGGUGGUGAUAAAAACACAAUGAGAGAUGGAAAGAAGAAAAAUAAAUUUAUUAUAGAUUAUGAUGAAAAGACUAUAAAAGCCAUGGAAUUAGCCAUGUAUGAAUCUUUAGGUAGAGUAAUGGGUAUGUGUGUAUGUAUAGCAUCCGCAUUAAACAUAUGCUUCAAUCCUAUUAUAUGGAAAAAGAUUUGUGGUGUACCUCUGGAGUUACAAGAUUUGGCUGACUAUGAUUUUGUUGCUGUAGAAAUGUUGAAAACAUUGAAAAUGUUAAAUUCAGAAAAGAGUAAUGAAUGGAAUAUGGAACUGAAACAAUCAUUAGGUGAUAUGACAUUUAUAACAGAAGAUUCAGGAGGAAAUUCAAUUGAGUUAAUAAAAAACGGAAUGAAUAUACCUAUAAAUUUUGAUAACUUAGGUUUAUUUAUAAGAUUAAUGACCAAAUGUAAAAUGAAUGAAUCUUCUAAAGGAAUACGACACUUAUUAAAAGGAUUCAGUUCUGUUAUACCUCUAGGUAGAUUAAGAUUAUUAUAUGACUUUAAAGAUGUGGAGCAUAUGGUUUGUGGAGAAAGAGAAAUUAAUAUAGAGGUCUUAAAAGCCCAUACAUGGUCUAAUGACCUUAACAUAAAAGAUAAACUUUUUACCGUUUUAGAAGAGUUCACAAAUGAACAACUACAAUCAUUUCUUAGAUUCGUUUCAGGUAGAUCUAGGUUACCAACAACCAAAAAUGAUUGGUACAUGAUAAUAGAUGUAGAAAAUCCAAAUAAAAAUAUCGGACAAAUAGAUCAGAGGUUACCUACAGCUGUAACAUGUGGAUUCCGUUUAUUAUUACCACAAUAUUCUUCAUUAGAUAUUUUAAAAGAGAGGUUAUUAUAUGCAAUAAAAAAUUGUACAGCCAUUGAUUUGGAUGCAUAUGUGGUUCACGAUCAAAUGCAACUCAUGUACGGGGAGUAA